GCCGCCGCCGCUUUCCCGGAGUGCCCCGCGCGGAGGCCGGUGGGGGGGGCGGUGCUGCGGCGGCGGCCAGCUGUGCGCAGGCGCAGUCUGGCCCUCGGCGGCGGCGGCGGCGGCGAAGAUGGCGGCGGCGGUGGCGGCCUCGCCGGGGCAGCGGCUGGCGCUGGAGACCCUGGCCGGGCUGGUGCGCGGCGGCCCGGAGCCCCCCGGCGGCCAGGGCGAGGGGGCCGCAGGAGCAGGAGGAGGAGGAGGAGGAGCGCCGCCGCCGCGGGGGCUGGCCGGGCUGGUCCGCUGCGCGCGGGAGAGCGGCGGGGGCAGCGCGCAGGCGUCGCCCACCCUCGGGGGCCUGCUCAGCAUCAGCAGCCUCCGGCUGAGCUCCAUCACGACCCGUUUUGAAGGUCUGUGCCUCCUCUCUUUGUUGGUGACGGAGAGUACCACCGAAACAUUCAGCCAAAACUGCUUGAACUGGCUGAGGAGUCUGCAGCAUCUCAUUCAGUCGCAGGAUCCGCCCCCCACGAUGGAACUGGCCGUGCUGGUCCUCCAUGACCUUCUGGAGUAUUCCUGCCAACUCCCGGAACUGGCCCGUGACAUCGGCACCAACCACAUCCCCGGACUGCUCACCUCUUUGCUGGCUCUGAAGCCUGAGUGCCAGCUCUCUGCCCUGGAAGGCAGCAAAGCGUGCAUGGUGUUCUACCCACGAGCCUGUGGCUCCCUUCGAGGUAAACUGGCUGCUUACUUCCUCUCCCGGGUGGAUGCCGAAAUGCCUCGCCUCCAGCAGCUGGCCUGCGAGUGCUACGCCCUCCUGCCCUCCUUGGGAGCCGGAUUCACGCAGGGGCUCAAGUACACAGAGUGCUGGGAGCAGCAGGCCCACUGCCUCCUGGCCACCCUGCACGGCAUGCUGGCGACGCUCUACGAGGGCGUGGAGACAGACCCCCUGCAAUACGAAGGGCCCGGCGUGGAGAUCCCACUGCCAGCACUGGAGGACGGGGAGGCCCAUUUCAUCCUUCAUCUGAAGCACCGCUUUUCAGGCCUGGCCAAGUGCCUCUGCAGGAUGCUCAGUAACGAGUUUGUGGCCCCCGUGACAGUCCCAGUUCAAGAUAUCCUGGACCUCAUCUGUCGAGCCCUCAACAUCUCGGUGAAAACCAUUAGCUGGUUUGGGGACGGGCCUCUGCGGAUGCUGUUCCUGCCUUCUGUGCACCUGGAGGCGCUGGACCUGCUCUCUGCUCUCCUCUUGGCGUGUGGCCCUGGCUUGGUGCGCUUUGGGGGCACCCUCUGCCGCCUCUUCCCGCAGGUGCUGGCCAUGUGGAGUGCUGGCCGGGAUCUUCUCCCCCCUGGACAGGAGCGUCCGUACAGCGCGGUUCGGACACGGCUGUACCAGGUCCUGGACCUGUGGGUGCAGGUGGCCGGGGCAUCCUCUGGCAUCCUGCAAGGAUAUGGCUCCCAGGGUGAGGCCCUGCUGGGUCACCUGAUCAGCGACAUCACUCCCCCUGCUGACACCCUCAAGCUGCGGGAGGGCCGGCCCGGAACUGAUGCAAAGCCCAGCGCCCCCAAGAAGCCCAAGCUAUCCGAUGUGUCCCAUGCGGCCCCCCUGCACCGGAAGCAUGAUGUCCAGGCCAACAGCGAUGUCUGCCUGGCAGCACUUCAAGGGCUGAGCCGGGCCGUUCUCCUGGGAGGCAGCCUCAUGAAAGAGCAAAUGCACAAGCGGCUGCAGGAGCUGGCGAUCCCGCUGCUGAUCCGGCUGGGCCAGGCCGAGGCCCCCUCCGGCUCCCCCUACGCGAGUGCCGGCUGCCGCCGGGAGCUCUACCGCCUCCUGCUCGCCUUGGUGCUGGCGCCGGCCCCCUCGGGGCCCCCCCCUCCUCUGCACUGCGCCCUGCGCCUGCUCAGCCAAGGCCGCACGGAUCCCAACCUCCAGGUGUCCUCCUUCUGUGCCGAGGCCCUGGUGCUGUGCGGUGCCCUCGUCCACCCCCGGGUGCCGUCCCUGCAGCUCCCUCUGGCCGGGCCCCCCGCCCCGCCGCUGGGUGCCUCCGAGCUCUCUCCUGCCGCGGCCUCGCCCUUCCGCCCGGCGCCCCCGCUGCCCUUCCCGGCCGCCCGCCUGCUGCCGCCGGCCUCUCCGUCGUCGGCUCCUCCUGCCGGGGCCGCCUCGGCCGGUGCUCUGGGGCUGCCUCUGCCCGGCCUGGCCUCGGCCCAGCUGCCUCCCCGCCUGACCCCCGAGGAGCCCACCCUCCCUGCCUCCCCCGGCACGGCGGAAGCUGCGGCGCUGGCGGCAGGGGCCAAGCUGCGCCGCUCGGUCUUCAUCCACUACGACCAGGAGGAGGAGGAGGAUGUGGAGAUCUCGCUGGAGAGCGACUCGGACGACAGCGUGGUCAUCGUGCCCAGGGGGCAGCUGGGGAAGAUCGCCAACAGCACCACCGCCGUGGCCCUGGGGGCGGCCCCCACCCCCCCCACGCUGCUGCCCUUGCCGCCCCCACCCCCGCCGCCGCCCCCCUCGGCCUCUCCCCCGCCGGUCUCCGAGGAGCCCCCGCCGGAGCCAGCGGUGCCCCUUCCCCUGGGGGCCCCGGUGCUGCCCCCACCCCCUCCCCCUCCCCCAGCAGCGGUGGUGCUGCCCCCUUCUCCAGUCCCUGUGCUGAGCGAGACCCCACUGCCUGCCCUGGUGGAGGAGGACCCCACCGUCAUCAACAUCAACAGCAGUGAGGAGGACGACGAGGAGGAGGAGGACGAGGAGGAGGAGGAAGAAGACUUCCCGGAGGACGAAGAGUACUUUGAUGACGAGGAGGAGGAGGAAGAGUUCGAGGAGGAGGAGGAGGAGGAAGAAGAGUUCGAAGGGGAGCUGGACGAGGAGGAGGAGGAGGAGGGAGAGCUGGACGAGGAGGAGAUGGAGGAGGAGGAAGAAUUCGAGGAGGAGGAGGAGGAAGGCCUGACGGAGGACGAGGAAGGCCUGACGGAGGAGGAGGAGGAGGAGGUGGGGGGGCUGCCCCCUGCCUUGCCCCACCGGAAUGACGAAGAGCCUCCGGAGCUAUUGCCCGUGAAAGAUGAGCCCCCAAAGCUGGUGGUGGAGGAGGAGGAGGAGGAGGAGGAAGGGGCGGGACUUCUCAUGGAAGUGGACGAGGAAGCCUUCCACCCCCCCGAGGAGGAAGAGGAGGAGGAGGAGGAGGAGGAGAGCAGGGCCGAGGGAGACCUCCUCACGACCAAGGCGUUAGGACCGCCAUCGCCUCUGGCCGAAGAGCUCCCACAGCCCCCUCCCAGUGCCCCCGCCCUCCCACCAGCACCCCCGCAGGAGGCCCCCCCUUCAGCGGCUGCCUCCCUGGAGCAGGAGGAGAAGCCCUCCAAGGAGCAGGAGGGGCCCGCUCACACGGCGGCGGCGGCGGCGACGUCUCCCGGCGUGGCAGAGGAGGAGGAGGAGGAGCAGCAGCAGCAGAGAGCGCGUGAGGGCGAGCCAGGCGAGGAGCCCUUGGAGGCCGGGGAGGCAGAGAAACAGCCCCCGCCAGACGAGGAGGUGGUGGAGGUGAAGGAGGGGCCGGAGGCCACGGCGAUAGACGAGACGGAAGCCAUGCUGGCUGACUUUGUGGACUGCCCACCUGACGAGGAGAAGGCGCCGACGGAGCCCGGUUCCUGAGAGCCGCCUCCUGGUGCUGGUGACCGGGGAGCCCCGUGCGCAGGGGGAGGGCAGGCAGCUGCAGGGUGGCCUCUCCUCCCCCCCCCCCGGCACACUGCCCUCUGGACUUAAAAGACUAACCCCCCCCCCCUUUUUUGUAAGGGAGGGGUUUUUUACACUAAUUAAAAGGUUCAAUAAAAGAGGUGCCGAGUGAGUGAA